AUGAAGCCCAACGACCAAGGUGCAUUGGACACAAAGGACACAAAAAAUGCUUUAAAAGUGUUUCUCCGGAAGGAACCCAGCCUGCAUGUCGCCGAACUACAGGUCCCGGCAGAAGAGAAUCUCUUUGCGCUGCCCCCAGUAAAGGGUGAGUCAGACCAGGUUCUUUACAAACUCAUGGAGUACGAUCCAUUGCUGGACUCCAGUAAUAUGGCUGGGAGCGAUUGGAAGCGCAUAGCCGAAGACAUUAAAACGAUGUACGAUUUGUUCGAUGGGUUUGUUGUACUCCACGGCACCGAUACGCUGGCAUACACUGCCUCUGCCCUGUCAUUUAUGCUGUAUAAUUUGGCUAAACCGGUGGUCGUUACUGGGUCGCAGAUACCCAUCUACGAGACACGCACCGACGGCAGGAUCAACUUAGUCUCGUCACUGAUCAUUGCUGGCUGCUAUAAUAUACCGGAAGUGUGCGUCGUCUUUGCCAACAAGCUGCUUCGUGGCAAUCGAACGGUCAAGGUCAAUUGCAACACUCUGGAAGCUUUCGACUCGCCCAACGCUCCCCUGCUGGGCACGUUUGAUAAUGUCAUAAAUAUAAAUAGUUCCCUGAUACGCCCAAGACCCAGUGGUAAGCUACUCACUGUGGGAGGCGUAUUGGAGAUGAAUGUGGCCACCUUGAAAAUAACUCCGGAUAUGUCACUGGAUUUGAUUGAAUCGGCUCUGGCGGAGCCUAUUAAGGGCGUUGUCCUGGAGUCCUAUGGUAGUGGUAAUAUACCCUCAAACAGGAUCGAAAUAAUUGAUCUUCUACGGAAAGCUGUUGAACGCGGAGUUAUCAUCGUCAACUGCACACAGUGCCUGUCCGGCUCCGUAGCCUCAAUAUACGAUGCUGGAGCAGUGCUUUACGAUGUGGGCGUUUUAUCCGGUUCGGAUAUGACUUCUGUGGCAGCAUAUACCAAGCUGGCCUAUGUCCUGGGGUUUGAUGUGCCGCACGAUAAAAAAAUUGAGCUCAUGAAGUACAAUUUACGCGGCGAAAUAACAAUGGCAGAUAUGAACACGAACUAGGAACUUCCCCCUAUUCGGAAAUACACUUUAUCUAUCUACAAAAUAUACCUAUAUACCCCUUUAUAUGUAUAUGUAUAUAUAUGUAUAUAGAUAUGUAUUUCCAGUCUGGAGCACAUUUGUAUAGAGGCCAAUGCAAAAUAAAAAAAUUAUAUCACUCAAUCGGACUGUAUUACAUUCACUCAUAUAAAGUAAGGAAAAUAUGUCUAUAAAUGAGAUCACUUUUUAAUUUGA